AUGGAGGCUGAUGAGAUACGAGUUGCUAAGAUUGCCAAUGAGCUUCACCAAGAAAUAACAAAUCAAAUAGAGCUAAAUUCCAAAUCACAACAAUCAAACGUCUCAAGUUUAGUGAACAGUAUCAAUCAAUUCUUACCAUGUCCUCAACUUCUUGAUAAACAUUUGAAGAACUAUGUUGAUUCACUGCUAGCUCUAUAUAUUGAUCAAGGUGAUAAAUGGACUACAGAGGUAUUUUAUACAUUUGGGAAGGUCGUAUCGAGUAAGAAAAUGUUGAACUUUAUGAAGACUGAUAUUAGUCUUAUACCCACAAUUUUAUCAAAGUUUACAGAUUCAUACGAGAAACAUUGGCAUGAAGAAUAUUUGCUACUCUGUUGGUUAUCAGUGCUUUGUAUAGCUCCAUUUAAGCUAGAUACAUUGAGAAAAGAUAGUAAAGAAGAAAUUUUUGAUAUCGGGUUGAAAUAUUCCAAAAAUGCAGGACCAUUACAACCAUUAGGAUCAAGGGUAUUAGCAUCAUUGAUAAUGAGAUCUGAUAGUGAAGAGCAGUUCCAUAAGUUUAUUCAAUUAAUCACAUCAAAUUAUAAUAAAGCUUCAUUGACUGAACAAUUUGGCUAUCUACAAACCUUAAAUCUAGCACUACAAAAAGAUUCGAAUAUGUUAUUUAAACCAAUAUUACCCCAAUUAACAGAAUUCUUGAAAUCUAAUGAAGGAAAUGAAGGGUCUUUGGAUAUGAUCAUCAAAAUUUAUUCCAAGAUUGUGACUUAUCUAGUCGAUAUUGAUGAUUAUGAUCAAAUUGAAGAUAUAAUUUCCUUCUUCUUAGACAAUUUUGCAAGUAAAAACACUGAAACAAGAUUUUUAAUUGCUAGAAAAUUUGUGAAAAUUGUCAAGAUUUUAGAUACUUGUAUGGGUAUUGAAAUAGUGAUGGAUAUUAUAGAAUCUAUUAUUGAACUAUUAAAAGAAUCUUUUGAAACAAUAAAUUCAGAUAAACUUCAUACAUAUCUUUUAACCAUUGCAGAGUUUUUAAGACUUUCAAUCAUAGAUUUUGGUGAUUUCAAAGAAAUUGAACAUAUUCUUUCCAAGACAUUAUUCUUCCAACAAUCAAGAAUCACAUUUGUCGCAGGAUCAAAUAUCCGUGAUGCUUCAAAUUUUAUUUGUUGGUCAUUAUUCAAAUAUAACAAAGAUGUUGAUUUGAAAAUUGCACACUCUAUUUUCCUUAAUUUAUUAUUAGUUGCUUGUUUUGAUAAAGAAAUCAUGAUUAGACGUUCAUCUACUGCUGCAUUACAAGAAUUAAUUGGUCGUUAUGGUAAUAAAAUAUGGAAUGAAUUCUAUCCAAAUGAAGAAAACUCAGCAAAAAAUAUCAAAAGUAUUGAAAUUUUGGAUUAUGUUGAUCUUGGAUCUAUUGAUAAAUCAUAUUUUGAUAUACCAUCCAACAUUUUAAAAUUGUUCCCAUCAUUAAAACAAAAAUUUAUCAAAUUUUUAUCUUCAAAUGUUUAUAAUGUUGAUUAUGAUCUUGUUAAGUUAAGUUCAAAGGGACUUAAAAUAUUACUUGGAGACUCUACACAAUCAGAAAUUGAUGAAAUAAUUUCAGAACAUAUUGAAACACCUAAAAGCAGAUUUAAUACCUUUAUUGUUCUUUCUGAAAUUCUACCACUAUCAAAAUCUACCAGCCAUAAUCAAGCGUUAAUACCAAAAUUUCAAGAUGUUAAGAUUAAUCAUCAUAAAGAUCUUGUUUUUGUCAUAUCAUCUUAUCUUUCAUUAUUUGGGACAUUAUUAUCCUUAGGUUAUGAACCUUUAGAAAAUGAUUUUGAAAAUUUAUUCAAUGCUAUAAGAAUAGAACAUGAAGAUAUUAGAAAACAACUAGUACAAUUAGCUUCAAAUUUAUCAUUAAGUCCUGAAUAUUGGUCCAAAUGGAUUUACUAUAUGAAAAACAAUAAUAAGAAUACAGCUGCUAAUGUUGGUCUAUUACCAGAUUUUAAUCAAAAAUCGGGAGAUGUCUUGAAUUUAUUAUCAAGUGGUAUUGAUGCUGAUACAAGAUCAUUAAUCAUAAAAUCAGUUUCUCAAUAUCUUGUAAAAGGUGGAGAGUUAUCAAAGGAUUCAUUGAUAAUUUUGAUUGAACAAUUAGAUGAUUAUACAAUUUCUGAACAUGGUGAUGUUGGUAAUAAGAUAAGAUCUGCCAAUAUUCAAUUAAUUAAUUCAAAUAUUGAAAAAUUCCUUGAUCAGAAUCUUCGUGUACAUGUUGAACAUAGAUUAUUAAGAAUUUCAGGUGAACCAAUUGAUAAAACUAGAUAUGAAAGUUUUAAAUUAUUGAAUAAAUUCUUAGGGAAAGAAACAUUAGAAACAAGAUCUUUAGAUGAAUAUUUCAGUAAUUUGCUUGAGAUUUUUAAAUCUCAUUAUUUCAAGGAAAGAGAGAUAAGUGUUGAAUUUUGGAGAGGUUAUAUAUUUAGUUGUGGUGCAUUGAAGGCAACAGAUUCAUUAAUUGUUUCCACUUUAAAAACAUUCUUAAAGUUUUAUUCUUCAUUAAAUGAUCUAGAUCAAAAAGAAGUAUUAUUACAGUUAGCAUCAGUUAUUAAAUUAGAACCCGAAAAGUUAAAAGGUACUAGCUCCAAAUCUCAAAGAUUAAACAAGACAAUUCUUGUUGGAUUACAAUUUUGGUCAAGAAUCUUAGAAGCAAAUAUCUCAAUACCAGAAAUUUUUCCAUUGAAAGGUCUUUAUGUCCGUAUUUAUAAUUUACAUUUAAAUACUAAUAGUAUUACUAGAUUAAGUACAUCAAUCAAAAUAUUUGGUCAAUUAUCACUUAUGGGACUUGAAGAGUCUUUAAAAAGAUUAUGUUGGUUAACUGUGAAUCAUCCAAUUGCAAGAGCUCGUGUGUUAGCUAGUGAGGAAUUAUUUAAUUAUUAUAAUGAAAAGUUGUUAACUUCAAUGGAUGAUCCAUUGAAAACUAAGAUUGAAACUUCAUUAAAAAUUAUAGUUGAUACUGAUUGGAGUAAAGAUCAUAAAUUACAUAAAGUGGAUGAAAUACUUAUAAUUUAA